AUGGCUUUCGAUCCCGUGAAGGGUCGCUACUUGAAGAUAGACGCCGAAACAAACUCGUAUACCGAUUGUGAUGUUCCUCACGAUCCCAUCGAGUACUCGGUGUCGGUGAGCGUCGGUGCUUCGUUGGUUGGACAGACUGACGAGGAUCUCAAUGCGCCGGACAGGCCCAGAACCAUGCUCCUCAAGGAACUAGUCAAGACUGGUGCUGCCAUGAAGACUCCGCUGUUCUUCCUGGACCAGCCGGCGGCGUGUUUUGCAAUGUUUGACGGGGUGCGUGGUGGAGCAGCUGUGGAGUGGUGUUCGAAACAUUUGCACACCAAGCUCCUCCCACAACUCAGUGCGUCGAUCACUUACUGGCAUGAUGCGGACCUGAGGGGACUCCUUCGUUCCAUUCUGGCGGAGCUGGAUGUCCAGCUUGUGCAGCAAGCCGGUUGCUGCUGGGAAGGUGUUUCCAUCGCGGUGGCCUUGCUGCUCGGAGAUCGCUUAGUCGUAGCAAGUUUGGGUGGAACCCAUGCCUUGGUUGCUGCCCCAGACGGCCGCUGGCGGUCUUUGGAUGGGAGACAUGUGGCAUCUUCAGCAGAGGAGCAAGCUCGCAGCAAGGCGCUUGGUGCGGAGAUUGUCGGAGAAGAAAAAGGUAAAGGAGUCGUCGGUGCCCCUUGUGUGCAGAAGUCGGUGAGAUCAAGAGACUGGCAAGUUGUUGAAGAUGCCACUGCAGAGGAGGAGGUCACGAGAGUUCUUGACCGCACAUCGGACUGCUUCGCUACACUGGGUCUUGGACCAGAGGACAAGAUCGACGGCAAGGCAGCUCGCUCCUGCUACAAAAAGCUGGCCCUCAAGGUGCAUCCAGACAAGGCCCCGGAGGAGCUUAAGGCACGAGCCAAAGCGGCUUUUGAAAAAGUGGAGAAGGCAGCUGCAGACGUUGAAGCAUUCUGCGAAACGGAUGUAGAAGCGACCGAAUGCCUCCAUCGCAUCCUCCAUGCUGCCGGGCCAAGAAGAGCCUCCAUGAUGCGAGCCACAGCAUUCGACGUCCUGGGCGUCUCGGAAGAUUGCAGUCUUGAGGAGGCUGGAAGACAGGGACGGGAUUUGAGAGAAACCAUCAUGAAGCUUGGCAUGUUGACCGGCGGCAACUACGGCCAUCCGGACCAGGCUGAAGCUGUGCGAAUGAUAGAAGAGGCCGCCGAAGCGAUUGCUGAGCCUGCGGCUCUGACAGCGAGCAAAGGAGGCAGCAGUUUCUCGUCCCUCAAGCCCAUCCAGGUCACUCGUGCCCUGGGUUUGAGAGACUUGAAGCUGCCCAGAAAAAUUGUUUCAUCGGAGCCGCAGAUAGACGUCAUCCAGCUGGAGGCACUGGGUUCGCACCACCUCGUGCUGCUCAGCUCGGGCGCGACAUCUUUGACUGACCAGGAGGUCAUCGAACGAAUCCGUGGUUUCUCAGGGCAACCCAAGGCCGGAUCACUCCUGGUCGCAGCUGAUGCCGCAGCCAAAAAUGCGGCGCAGAGCAUCAGUGGGCCGCAGCGAUUCGGCUGCUGCAUCGUCGGUGUCUUCGAGGUCGGGUCAGGCUAUGUCGAGCCAGCUGCGAAGAAGGCCAAGAAAGAUGGCGGUGACAAGGUCCGAUGCAGACACAUUCUUCUCAAGCACAAGGACCUAAAGCAAAAGAUGGAUCCGCAGGCGCAUCUGCGAUCCAAGGGUCGGGGGCUUAGUGACUUAGUCAGAAACAGAGUCAGAAGGGGUACGUGCGUCCGAUGA